AUGGCCCUCCUCAACCCCGUCCACACCUUCAUCGUACCCUUUCUCCUUGUCGUCACCGUCCCCCUGGCCCUCUUCGCCGGCAUCACAACCACCCUUGCCUUUUCCAUCCUCAGCUUCCGCGUCAUCCUCGUCUACCUCGACAUAGCCCUGUCCCUCGUGCCGCAAUGCUUCGGCACUCGCAAGACGCGCUACGCUGCCUACGCAAGGCACCACCACGGCCGCCCUGUUUCCCCGGCUGCCAGUAGCAGCGCCCACAGCAACCAAAACAGCCCGACGACGCCCACGGCCCCGCAGCAGCAGCUGCUCCCGUCGUCCACGGGCCGGAGGCGCCGCCGCAGGCCCAGCAGCGUCACCAGCGUCGUCUCGGCCGGCUCCACAACCCCCGUCGGUGACAUGGCCAUGGGCCUCAUGCCCAGCAUCGGUCCUGACCGCGACUUUGAGGGCGUCGGCGGAUGGCGCUCCGACCGCGACAGCGACGACGACACCUGGACCGCCAUCAACUCCCGCCUGGAGCUGCCGGACAGGAUCCAUGCCCGGAACCACCACCGCUCGCCCUCGGGCGGGCCCGUCACCCCCGGCGACAGCGGCGUCCUCAUGAUGAAGCCCCGCGCCCGCAGCCCCGAGGCCAGGACACCCCCGUCGCCAAACAGUUGCCGCACCCGCACCCGUACCCCGUCGGCUUCUCGCAUGAGCGUCAUCAGCAUGGCCAACAGCGACGGCUACUUUCCCCUGGCCAUGUCGCCCACAACCACCAGGAAGCUGAUGACGAACCAGAUUUGA